GUGGCGAGAGAAGACACCAUGCAGCCAUCAUUCAGAAUCGUGGUCUCCCUGGUCCUGCUAUACUCAGCUAUGGCGACUGCCUACCACAGCAGUGCGAAGCUUCGCCGGGAUGGAGUUCUGAACCUGUACCCCUUCCCGAGGGUCGGGCGCGCGUCCAGGCACACCUGGCAGGUGCCCAUCAACGACCUGUACUUAGAUUACGAGCCAGUAGAAAAGAGGCAGCUCUACGCAUUCCCUCGUGUCGGGCGCGACAUGCCUUCCCUGCGGGACCCCUACGCGGAACACAUCCAAGCACCCGUGAAGAGAACUGACAACCCUGGCAUGUGGUUCGGGCCACGGCUCGGCAGGUCCUUCAAGAGUGACGAAGACGAUAUCACGGUUCAGAGCGAGAGGGUUGCACGCAGCGACCCGGAGCGAAUGGAGCCUUUACACGAAGACAGAGAAAAGAGGCAAGUCGAAAACUAGAGAAAUUCCCGCCAAAUCUCAACUGGAGCGCAACCACGUCAGUAGUGCCAAUCAACAGAAAAUAAAAACAAAAUUAGGUUGGCGUUUCCCAAACUGUAUUUUUUCAGCAGUUGAGGGCUAAGGAAUAUUUUUUACAGCUUGAUGUUUAUGUAGGCGUAGGUUUAUGUAUGCUUUUGAAACUUUGCAUAAAAUUCUAAACCUGAUUUUAAAUAUGUAUAGGCCUUUUGAAGAUGAAAAGUAAAAUAGUACAGCGAAAAAUUAGAAUAAAAGAAUAAACUGAAAAGUAUAGGUACCUACCUACUUACAUUGAGAUUGUUUCAUUUUAAUUCCAAAUUACGUUCCAAGAAUAGAUUUGACCGAUCGGUAUGUACUUUUUGUGACUGAUCAUUGUAAUUUGGGAAACGUUGACUUAUGAACAAAAAGUAUGUAAGUAAAUGAAUUGAAAUGAGUAUUAAUAUUCUAAAUAACAUAUUAUUAUACCAAAAAUAACAUACCUAGUUACAAAUAGAUGUAUUUAAUGCCCAUACAGUUACGCCUGCCUCAUUUGUCAUGUAAUAUUAAGAAAGUUGGUCAAUUUCUCAGAUUGUACCUAUAAUAAUAAAAAUUAAGAUUUUUGU